UUUCCUCAUGAUUUACUUCUCGAUGGCACAGUCAUACUCCACCAAGCUGUUUUUACAUUACACAUCACAGCCAGCAUUACGUGUCUCACAUCAACAAUGGACAGGAGGUCGAGCUUUCUAAACUUCCUCUACAGCGAUCAAAGUAACACACGCAUAAUACGAUACGAACACAUAUUUUGAUGCAUCUCACGCAUGCUAUCAUCGCGGCAGCGACUCAUACCUGAUGAUGACCAGUCACACGGAGACGGAUUAUUAUGGCUUUUUAAUAAUUCGACACUGUAGCUACGGUUGCACACCGUAGCUGCUGGCGCUGUCCUAAAUCUGUUUGGCGUGUAAAAUUGUGUAACGCUUAGUACUCCCCAUUUCUGCAUCCCUAAUACUGGUUGCUUUUCCACGGCUGUGCGAGGGAAUAAAUAAUCUUCAUUAUCGUCAGAAUGGAGAAACAAGAAAGGAAAUCCCGACUUAUUCUGCUUUUGGCGUUUUUCCUAACGCUAACUGCCAUCGGAUUAUUGGCCGGUGCCAUGAGCUCGGACGAAUGGGUUUAUGCGGAAAUACAGCAGCUGAACAGGUCGCCUAGCCCGUCACCUGAAUCCAGCCGAGCCGGUGCUGAUGAACCAGGCUACGCCAGCCAUGGACUCUUCAAGGGGAAAUUUGUUCCACCGGGAAAUAUCUUGCGGGUGCAACAUUCUGUAGAUUUAACCUGUAACGCCUCGACACGAAUCUGCCGCUAUGACGCUUUUGACCCAAGGGAUGGCCAUCUAUAUUAUGUGGAGUCGAACUCGUACGCCAGCAUAAACCUGGCGGAGUUUUGUGAAAAAACAUCUCAAGCUACUGGAAUUUUAGAACAUCCAGGUGAACCCAGUUUUUGGCUUUGGAUCUCCACAGUCAUAUUUCUCUCCUUGGCUAUACUGUUCGCCCUCUUCGCAGCGAUCGCAACGCUAGUAAAUGUGAUAUAUGUCCCGAUCUCCGACAUUGCGGGAAUCCAGGGCGUAUAUGUGUGGAACGCAAUUGCAAGUUUGAGUACCUUGACCACGCUUUGCAUCUGGGCUGGCAUGUACUACAGCCACCUGCGGUACAACAUACUUCCAGUCAUUGUUAUCGGCUGGGGAGGGACAACAUGCGGCCUGGCAUAUCAUGGGAAUGCAGUCUGGAUAAUCCUUGCAGCGCUUCUGAUAUUCAUCUUGAAUAUUGCUGUCAUCCGGUGUCGGAGAGGAGUUAGUUCUGUACGUCAUCCUGGAAGAGCGAUAUACGUUAAAGGGCAUGCAAAAGACGGGCACGAUACCACAUACUACUGAAGCAAACUUGCCAGCCUUUCCACAUUCCUAUUUACUGUUGCUGACAUUGUGUUGUUUUGGGUGGUUUUGAUUUCUGAUUACCUGUAUGUCCAUGACAUUGUAUCAAUGAUUUGCCAUAAUAUGUUUACUGCGAGAUGAAAUGUACGAGUUUCCAUGUACGAUUCCAUGUUUUUGUUCUAAUGGUUUUCGCACAUAAAAGACAGCAGAAUUUUAAA